AUGAGCCGGUCGUUCCCGCUGCCGAUGCGCUCGGACGCGCGGAAGAUGGGAAGAUGGAACCUCCGACCGGGACCACGGACGCGCUCCAUGCAACCUUCGGUCGACCCAGAGGCCGUGGACAUGGCCGCGCUCCAUGCGCUCGUCGCGGCCGUACCACCAUCGCUCCUACCGACGCAUGGAAGUACACCCCCGAGUAUGGAAGACGCUACGGAGCCAUCCAUCUCCCCCUUGCUCCGCAUGGCUGUGGCCCAGAACGUGCUUGCACCCGCGACGACGCGAAGCUCGGCGAAGCGCAAGUCGGCGAUGAUGGACGACUCAGCGCGAAAGGGGAAGCGCUUGGCACGCACGGAGUCCGACCCGAGUCUUCUCGAGACGCAAGAGACCAAGCUGGCAUCGAGCGUCGCGAAACAUCAGGAGACCCUCGAGCAGUGGUCGAUGGACUUGGCGGACCCGCGCAGUGCGCACCGCGCGACGAAGAAGAUCCGACAUAUGCUCUACAUCAUGCACAAGUCGAGCAAGCUCGUGAUCGCACGGCUUCCGGUCGAGCAGCUCUUGGAUCUCAUGAUCCUUCUCGACGUCCAGGUCACGGAGGCCCGGCAGAUUGAUCUCUUCGUGCAAGAACGCUUGGCAGAUGAAGGACGCCUCCUUGAAGAUGUCAACACAGCAUUGGAUGCCGCGACAUCGAUGCUUCUCGUCAUGACGUCGCCGGACGUCGACCGCCGACUGCUCUCGGAAGAACACAUUGAGCAUUGCGUCUUGCUUGUCAAGCAUGUGCUUCAGCGAUUGAUCUACCCGGCGCUGGACGCUGCAACGUACUCGGUCGUUGUGAGCGAGAAGGAAAGAAAGAACGAGAAGGACAAGGCGCACGCAGCGCUCAAGAAGAAGAUGGAGAAGGCUGGCCUUGUCGACAUUGUCUACAGCUUUUUGGACUCGCUGCAAGAGCUCAUGGGCUGUCUCAAGCUCCAGGACAGCUGGAUUCUUCAACUCUCGAACGUGCUCAUGGCCGUGUUUGCCAUGGACAAUCAGCAGACGUCGAUCUCGACCGUGCAGCUGGGUGCACUGCGCAUGCUUCGCGCGAUCUUUGUGCACUACCCUGCCCACCGCACGCUUCUUCUCGAAGACGUCUUUUACGUUCUCGUAAAGCUCUCGACGAGCAAGCGCAACCUGCGGACGUACAAGGUGGACGAUGACUACGUGCAAGUCAUCGUCGUGCUUUUGGCGACACUUGUCCAGUCGUGUAUCGUGUUGUCGAUGGAUCAAGUGCACGAGACGGCGCGAUCCGUGGUCCAGCUUCUUUUGCUCAAGUGCAUGAAGAAGGAUGACGAAGUCAACGCGCGCUUGCACUUUGAGCACUUUGUCGAGGACGUUCUCGUGCUACUUUCGUCGCCGGACUGGCCCGUGGCUGAAGUGCUCGUCGAGGCGCUUGUUGCGGGCCUCACGGGCUUGCUCAUGUCCAACAAGCCGGAGACUCAAGUUGCCGUCUUGGCCCUGCACUUGCUUGGCAAGAUCGCAGCGUCGCUCAAGACGAUCACGUGCCGUACCCAAGCGUCCGAGAAGCGUCUUCUCCACAAUAUGGAAGAGAGCAACGUAACGUCGGCCUCGGAGCUGCUGCUCGUGUACGUGCAGCAAAAGUCGGCCCACAUCUCAGAAGAUGCUCAAGCUUUUCAUCUCUCGCGCGUUGACGAAGGGUUUGCGGCCACCUCGUCAUGCAACUUGAGCCGCGACGAAGCGCGAAGCGUCGUCGACUACUUCUUGGCCGGCCGUGAGCUUUGCGGGCAUUUCGAGACGAUCUUUUUGCACAUCCUCGGCUUCUUGUCGCGCGGCCAAUCGACGCUACGGACACGUGUUUUGCGGUCCAUCGUUGGCAUCAUUGAUGCGGACCCGACCUUGAUGACAAGCGAAGCGCUGCAGAAAGCGAUCACGAGCUGCUUGAUGGACGAGUCAAAUGCCGUGCGCCAAGCUUCAGUCGAGCUCGUUGGCAAGUAUGUCGAAGACCAGCCAUCUCUGUUUCCUCGCUACGCCGAGAUGCUCCAUGACCGCGUGCGCGACAAGGGCAUCAGUGUCCGGAAGAGCGUCCUGAAGAUCUAUCGCCACUACAUCGUCAACGAGUUCGACGUGGCCAACGCGAUUGUCUCCACGUGCCUCCGGACCUUGAUCGAGCGGCUCGCGGAUCCUACUGAAGACGAGACGAUCAAGGACUUCAUCGUGUCGACGCUCCAGGAGGUCUGGUUUGACGAGAGUCUGCCCGCAUUGCAGAAGCGUGACGCAGACGGCGCUGUAAUCCCGGUUAGCCUCCUGAAGCUCAAGUCCAAGAAGACAACCGACUACGGCACGUAUCGCGUGCUCUCAAUCAUGGAAGUCGUUCAGCGCGUGACCAAAGCCGACUGGUUUGUCGAACUCAUCCAGCGGCUGCGCAAGAUCGCGGGAGAUGACAUUGACGAUUACUGCGAGUCGAUUGUCGCUGGCCUUCUUGACCUCCUCCUACAACUCGAAGAAGGCACGGUGUUGCCCCACCUGACUUGCCGAGAGCCCGACAAGCAGUUUGUCGCGACGCUCAAGACGCUGCAUGUGUUUUGUUCGGCGAUCCCUGAGCUCCUCGAGCCGUACAAAGAUACCCUUGUGGUGUACCUCAAGCCAGACAGCCGCUUCAACCGCGAUGUCCAGGCCCAGGUCUUUGCGCUGACGAUCAGCAUGAUUUCGCUAGUGUUUUCGGCCAUGGAGAAGUCGAACGAAACCUGGAUCCGUGCCCUCGAAGCGGACUUGCAAGCGCUUGUGCUCCAAGCUCCACCUGGUGUCGUCAAGCCCAGUGUCGAAUGCCUCGCACGUCUCGUUUUGGACGCACCCACGAAGCGCCAGCCGACCGUGCUUUCACACCUCCUCGAAAAGUUCUACACAUUCCUCGUGAAGAUGGAACCGAUCUUGAAGAGCAAUAGUCCGAGUCUCGCGGCAGGGCAGCAGUACCAACUGCAACGCGCGCUUUUCGUGACGGGCCUUAUUUGCGGAAGUUUGGAUUGGGACGCUUACGAGAACCUUAACAUCCGCAUCGAGACGGGCAAGAUCCUUGAGCGUGUCUACAGCGUGUACUAUCGGUUUACGCUCUUGCCGCAGUCGCAUCCGUCAUUCACAGUCGCGUUUCAGGUGAAGAACGUGCAGGGCUUUGGCUUCCUUUUCCAUCGCCACCCACGGCUUUUCCUCAAGGCCUAUGAAGAUGGCGUCAUCACUAAGAUGCUGGCCCACGAGUGCGCCAACGUCCAGCUCCAAAUGGUUGUGAGCCUCACAGAGCUGCUCGAAGCCGAAGAAGCUCGCCUCGAGAAGGCACAAGCCGCCAAAAAGCAGCACAAACAGCAAGUCCAAGGCGACCAGCAAGGCGACACGUCGCUCAUUGGGAGCAUCAUGCAAGCUCAACUCGGCAACAUUUUGACGCUUGCGAUGCACGAGCAAACCAUGAUUCGGCGCCAAGCGGUGGCGUGCAUCGGCUUGCUUGUGACCCAAGGCGUCAUCAACCCUUUGGAAUGCUUUGCAACUCUCGUGGCCUUGGAGGCGGACGGAGUUGCCGUGGUGCGCGAUGCAGCUUACCGCAACCUCGAAGAAGCGCUUAUCAAGUGCAAGGCUAGCGUCGUUGCCCCCGCCGUGCGCGGGAUCUACCAGUCGUUCAUGUUUCAGCUCAAGAUGACUCGCUCCUGGACCGUCCAGGAUGCGACAAAAAACUGUCUCUUUGGUCGAAUGUACCAGCUGUGCAUGCAGCCAGAUCGCGCUCGCCGUCACUCGUUCUUUAACGGGCUUCUCGUCCACUUUCGAGAGAAGGGGCAGAUCUUCCAGUCCAUGGCGGACGGCAGUUUGUCGCGCGAGAGCGGCCUCUCGUACUUGGCGUACAUUACGUCAAUCCUCGCGUGACUUCCGUUUGCUACCGAGGACGAGCCGCUCUACCUCAUUCACACAAUCAAUCGCGACAUCUCGCUCCACUUGGAGACUGUGCUCAUCGCCGUCAAGAAGGCGUACCCGAAGCUGAACUUUGACCACAAGUGGCCGAUCCCGACAAAAGAAGAUUUUCCAGACAAGCUGACAAAGACGUGCAGCCUGGCAUUUGCACUCGCGCUGCUUCUGCGCCUCAAGAGCCACCUCAAGAGCACGUAUAACCUCGACGACGACAAGUGCCAGACGUACCAGCCGUCGCGAAGCACCAAAACGCAGGACCUGUCCGUCGCGUCGUUCCUCGUGAGCCCCCACAUGCUAAAGAUCCCGACGUCGACAGCCGAGUAUGCGUCGGGUUGGGCGAGCUUCAAGCUGCUCUGGCCCAUCAUCCAAGAGGACCAGAACCAAAUGGACUUUGACGUGGCGGGAGCCAAGGGAAAGAAGACACGCCGUCCGUCGUCAGCGACAAAGAAGCCCAAGGCGGUCGCCAAGGACGGCGACAGCACGCGCGAAGCCGCGACGAUCAUGGUUUAGAACGGACUUGCGUGUGGUGGUAUUCGCGAUAAGU